AUGACCACAAGCUCAGCAACCGCCGGCUGGGAGCAGGUGGAAGACAAAUACUACCGCAAGAUCCUACAGUACUCAUCGCUGUGGGACACAGACUUUGAUCUCUCGGACUACAUUGUUGCCGGUGCGCCGUAUGGGGGAGCUCUCGCGCUGUACCGCGACGAGAACAAGCUACAGGCGUACCGUGGGCCGGCGCAGGCAAAGGGCGGGAUUGACAUCUACAGCUCUGCGGGGACACUGAUCCGGCGGAUACCAUGGGACAAAGGCUCGAUCCGCGGGCUGGGCUGGUCGGAGGACGAGAAGCUGCUUGUCAUCACAGAGGACGGGACGGUGCGGUGCUACUACGAUCUGCAGGGCGACUUUACGCAGUUUACGCUCGGGAAUGACGCCGAGACCAUCGGCGUCGUCGAGUGCCGCUUCUGGUCCACCGGCUUCGUCGCCCUCCUCACCAACAACCGCCUCAUCUCCGUCUCGCGCUACGACGAGCCGCGCCCGCGCCUCCUCGCCGACCCCACCCCGCACAUCCCCGCCAACUCGCGCAUCCACUCCUGGGAGCUCGUUCCGCCCUCCUACACCCUCUCCCGCCACGUCGAAGUGUUCAUCUCCACGGGCGCCACCAUCCUCAUCGUCGACGCGACCGAGGUGCAGGACCAGCUGCUGCAGAACGGGCCCUUCGUGCACAUCGCCGUCUCGCCAAACGGGAAAUAUGUGGCCCUGUGCACGGCCGAGGGCAAGGUCUGGGUCAUCAAGGCCGACUUCCAGGAUAAGCUGAGCGAGUACGACACGGAGAUGGGUGCGGGCCAGCUGCCGCGCGCGAUGGAGUGGUGCGGGAAUGACUCGGUGGUGCUGGCGUGGGCGGAUGAGGUGCACAUGAUUGGGCCGCAGGGGGCCGCGCUGCGGCAUUACUACGAUGGAUGGGUGCACCUGAUACCGGAGAUUGACGGCAUCAGGCUGAUCUCGACGGAGAAGUGCGAGUUCUUGCAGAAGGUGCCCGAUGUCACGGAGGAAAUUUUCAAGAUCGGGGCGACAUCGCCGGCGUCGAUAUUGCUAGAUGCGGUCGACCAGAUUGAGCGCAAGUCGCCCAAGGCAGACGACAACAUCCAGCUGAUCCGCUCGCAGCUGCCGGAGGCUGUCGACGCCUGCGUGAAGGCUGCGGGCCACGAGUUCUCGCAGCACUGGCAGAAGCAAUUGCUGAAGGCCGCCAGCUUUGGGAAGAGCGUGCUGGAGCUGUACAGCUCUGACGAGUUUGUCGAGAUGUGCGAGACGCUACGGGUGCUCAAUGCCGUCCGCUUCUACGAUGUUGGAAUGCCCAUUACAUAUGAACAAUACCAGCGGCUCACCCCCGACAAACUCAUCACCCGCCUGACCUCUCGCCAGCAGCACCUCCUCGCCCUCCGCGUCUCCGAAUACCUCCGCCUUCCCACCGACAAGAUCCACAUCCACUGGGCCUGCCAAAAAGUCCGGCACUCCCAAGACGACGAAGACCUUAUCUGCCGCACCGUCGUCGCAAAACUAACCGGCCUGCGCGGCAUCUCCUUCGAAGAAAUCGCGCGCACCGCCUACGACGAAGGCCGCGGCCGCCUCGCCACCCAACUCCUCAACCACGAGCCGCGUGCCGGCCGCCAAGUGCCACUGCUACUCAGCAUGGCCGAGGACGAGAUCGCACUCGACAAGGCGAUCGAGAGCGGCGACACGGACCUCGUCUUCUACGUGCUCCUCUUACUCAAGAAGAAGCUCCCCCUCGCCGCCUUCUUCCGCCUCAUCAACGACCGGCCCGUCGCCGCCUCGCUCAUCGAGGCCUCCGCGCGCGAGACGGACCCCGAGCUGCUCAAGGACUUCUACUACGCCGACGACCGGCGGAGCGACGGCGCGCACGUCGUUCUACGCGACGCCCUGGCGCAGAAGGAGCUCGCCGCCAAGAUUGAGAAGACGAAGCUUGCGGCGAAGCUGCUGGCCGACUCGAAGGAGCAUGCGCUUGAGUCGCGCAGCCUGGACGAGAGCGCGCGGCUGCUGCAGAUGCAGGAGGUGUUUGAGAAGGAUCUGGCGGGCGAGAGGUUCGCGGGGGAGAGUGUUAAUGAGACGGUGUUUCGGCUUAUCAGGAUGGGGUACAACAGCCGCGCGAACAAGGUCAAGAGCGAGUUCAAGAUCCCCGAGAAGCGCUUCUGGUGGCUGAAGCUGCGGGCGCUGGUGGCGAAGCGGGAUUGGGGCGAGAUUGAGGAGUGGGGGCGGACGAAGAAGAGUCCGAUUGGGUGGGAGCCCUUCUUCAACGAGUGCCUCUCCGCCGGCAACACAAAGGCCGCCGCAAACUUCAUCCCCAAAUGCACCAACCUCGCGCCCGCCGACCGCAUGGACAUGUGGGUGCGCUGCGGGCUCGUCGUCAAGGCCGGCGAGGAGGCCUUCCGCGCAAAGGACGUCAAUGCCCUCGAGGUGCUGCGCACAAAGGCCACGGGCGUGCAUGCGCUCGAGAUUGAGCGGUUGCUGAAGCAGCUCAGGCCGGGCAAGUAA